AUGGCCGACAAAGUUGAUUGGGUCCAGAAGUCAGCAAAAGGCAAACAGCAGCCGUCUUCCAGCCACAGGCUCCUCCUACCCCGUCACAGCCCAGAGGCAACAGUACCAGAAGCGAAGGAUCACAAUGUGAACGCAGAGAGACACGACAGGAGACUCAUUCGCAACAGCAGAAAACGCAAGAGAGGACAGGAGAAGGAUGACGAGACCGCCAAAAAGAGAGUCCCUUCUUCUUCAUCCGUCCACGAAAGAGAGGAAAGUGGCAAGCUCAGCCAUGCCUCUUUCCAAGGCAAGAGCGCCAACGAGCCCAGCGCUGCCAUUGUAAACAACGACCGCAGCACAAGUCGUUCCGUGACAGACGUGUGCAAAUCAGCAAUGAAAUUAUCCAUAACCUGCAGUGAAGACAAGAUGAACAGCCAGCCGCCGACCUCUAACGAGUCCAGUCAGGGGGAUGAUGCCAGUGAGGAGGGUUAUGCCAGUAUGGAGUACGAUACAAGCCAUGAAGGCGACGGAAGUCAUCAAGGCGCCGGAAGUAAGGGAGGCGACGCAAGCUCCGACAAGGACAUGGACGAGCCUCCAGCGCAGGACAGUGACGGCACCGGAGAUUCGAGAGUGGGCAUCAGCGCAUCCGAGUCCACCGUUGUUCACGGGCUGCUCCAAGCAUUGAACCCAGAGAGAUUCCGUUCUGGACAGACUUCACCAACAUCAACAGGCCUAGGGAGACUAGAAAUGAUUCGUGCCCAGAAUUUGAGAGCUCGCUGGAGUCCGUAUCCCGGUGGCUCAAGCCGCGAGCAACUGAUCGAUCCGCCUCGCUCGACACCAGGCUCCCAUGCUCAACCUCUUGCCUUGGGACCCCAGGAGAAUCCCGGUAGACCGCCGCAAAGGCUGCCUCGUAAGAUAGGAAGCGCUCAGCAGCAGCCACAGGCGGCGCCUCCACCACAGACUGCAGCAUCUAGCGAGUAUCCGGCACAACAGCAACAACAAACACCACAACUACCAGUAUGCUCUGUCACUCGGGCUCAGCCAGCGCGUGGCCCGCCUCGGCCACCGACACCUAUCCCGCAUUGGUCACGAAUACCUAGCCCGCCUCCAGCACCAUUAUUUGACGGCACACCGGGUGUCGACUAUGGCCAUGGUGCACGGCGGCUGCAGCAGGCAGUACCAUUGACAGGCCCGCGUGCCAUAGUGCCGCCGCACCCAAUCUACGGAGUCCCUGGCGUGAACGGAGUCAAUGGAGUCAAUGAAGCCAACGGCAAUCAUAACAACCAGCAUCGGCCAUCCACGAGUCCACGAUCCAAUAGGAGCGUCACCGACGUGUCCACCGACGUGUCCGCCGACCCCUCCGAAGACCGUCGUUCUGUCAACACAGGACGCCGCCUCUUUGAGUACGAAGAGGAUCUCCGCGAAGUCGUGGCGGGCGUCUACGAACAGCAAAGAACCGAUCCCGGGCGCGACAUGGACAUAUACUUGCGAAACCAAAUGCCGCAAGUAUUAUACCCGCCGGCGACGGUGGCAUUAAUAGGCCACGAUUUGACCCACAACGAGGACGCGCUGAGGCUGCUAACACCCGUGCGGCAAUCCGAACGGCUCGUGAGGCUGGCUGCCAUCGUCUACCAUGCCGCGAGGGAGCUGGGACUGGAUCCGUUGGACAAUAUGGCCAGGGAAUGGGUCAUGGCACUGCGAGACGCCCUAUAUCCUCUAGAGCAGGCCGAUGGCCGGCCUCGCUAG